AUGCAAGACGGCUUUACAGUUAGGUUUCACUCGCCAUCAGCGCUUGUGUCAUAUGGAGAAUCUAUAUUUGUCUGUGACACCAGCAAUCAAGCUGUCAGACUAAUUUCAAGCUUAAAAAGCUAUAAACAUCUCGGAGAGAAAUUGGGGCUAUUUAUUGAACUCUUCCAACUUGAAGAAGAACUAUCAAGGAAGCCAAGUUUCCAACCAAGUUUGGAAGACGGGUUGAUUAUUCUCAAAGAAGCGGCGGAUUUCAUGAAAGACGUAGAGAGGCAGGCGUAUUUUCGAACAGGUCGAAGAUGUCCCCAGGGUCCUGAUCUAGCAUUGUCAAAACCUACGAGGGACGCUUUUAAAAUGCUUCAUUCGUCAUUUGAGAAAACGAAUUCGUUCUUCUCUGAAAACGAUUUGCAGCAUAUUGCAAAGGAUAUAUGCUUUCCAAGUUUCACGACACUAUAUGUGGAACAUUUCUUUGCGGGAAUGAGAACCCCAAGUCGUCCAACGCCAGACAUGCAUGAUUACGGCAGCCGCAGACCAAGCUGUAUUGUUGAAUCCGUACAGAAGGUGUAUCACUCUUUCUUUUCAGUGUAUACGGGACCCCAAAGCCACUACACCGAACGAACAAUAAACAAGAGGGAGCCUGAGUGGCUUUAUGAUCGUGCAAAGCUUAGCGAAGAACAUUUUAGGCAAGAAGAUAGUGUUAAGGAGAAGGAUGUUUUGCGUGAAGAAUCAAGGGAACUUAGGCUGUUUGCUAAAGAAUUUGGGCAAGGCGUACGGCAGCAAAGAGUAAGAGACAAAACGAAAGAAAAGGCUGGAACUCUCCCUCUAUCUCUAAGCAUGAUCCUAAGAGUUCAAACAAACCAAACUCAAAAUGUUGUUGACAUGCUUGAAGAGCUUCAAGCCUUAGACGCAUGA